CCGUCUUCGAUAGGUUGGGCGCGCCCGCGUGCUCUCCGUCCGCGCGUUCGGUAUGUCUGCCGGCCCGUGGCGCCGUCGGUCGCGUCCUGGGUUGCCCGCGCUGGGUGCGAGUUAUUUCUUUCGGAACACUUUGUUUCGCUUUCGUCUGUCAUUCAGCCGCGGUUGCGAGCCGGUGCGUGUUGGCAGCUCAGCCACAGUGCCGGAAGACGAGGCUGGAUUAGCUGAAGUCCAUGGCAGUAUCUGAUCAUGAUCAGUGCGCAAGUAUUCGUGCCUUCUCCAGACUGUGCAACCUCAUUGCACCCGCGGCGACGUGGCGCGACCGCGCGUUAAUUUAU